AUGUGUCAUAGAAAUUAUUCACCAUUAAUUUCAACUGGCAGUUAAGGGAGUCUUUCCUGUCUAUUCAAGUUGAAAGGCAAGUAAGCUGUAUGACAGGGAUGGGGGGCGUGUGUCCUCGAUGUUUACCACAUUUUCCUGUUGGUUAUCCUGGCCCACGGUGGGCUGCUGAGCACUACCGAUCUAUCCGUUUUAUGAUGUGCAUGGCCUAAGGUUGUCUAAGUUCCAAAAAUAAGCAUGACUCAAAAUAUAGCUUUAAGUAUGAAACUGUCAAGCUGCCAUUUUUGUCAGAUGUUUUAAGAACAUUCAAACAUUUCUUAACUACUUUUUAUUCUCCCCAAGUAGGGUACAUGUAAUAAAAUGCAGUAACAUUUCUUUCAGUUUCGUAUGUAAAUAUUGCCAAUAAUAGUUGUUCCAGAUUCUGAUCAUGACUCACCUUGGAAGGGUGAGAGAAAGGUAGAGGAGAAAACAGUGCUGCCUUGCCACUAGAAGGGCUGCAAUACAAAGUACUCUUUUGCAAAGGAGGCUUGUUAACAUCAGUGGAGUGUUAUUCCACAUAAGCAUACAUUGGAAUGAAAAGUCCUCACCCUGGAGGGUGUUCAUUCUGACUAUACUUUACAAGUGCAAUGCAUGUUUAGGAAGAGGUGUUUUCCUUUGUUUUCCUCCUCCCUUUGCAUCCCCUCUUUUUCCUUCCACGUCUUGUCUUGUAAAUAGCAAGCAAUGCUUGCAUUGUUUGUGACUGAGCUCAUGUAAUCUGCUAUGAGAGACUUCUCAGCUGAAAAGGAUGAUGCGCAUGUUUAAAAUAAAUGUUAAGCUCAAUGCCAGAAGGUUACCAGUAGCUAGAGCCAUAACUGGUGGCACAGGAAUUGCACCAACUAGCAUUCCUAUCUCCACACUACAGAGUAAUAUAUACUGGUGCUGGUAGCAGUUGCCUUUCCACUCAACAGGGUGAGUUUUGCAAGCUGCUUUGAGUACUUCCUUGGAAUUAAAGGUGGGAUAUAAAUUUUCGAAUACAUCCCUCUUUGAAAAUAUUGCCAGCAAUGGUUAGUCUGUUAACUUCUUUUGGUGAAAAGUGAUUCCAAAUCAAUAUUUAAUAAGUUUUCUUGCACACUGACCAGUUUGCAGCUCUUUGACCUUCCAUUAGUAUCCCUAACAAAUAGUAACAUAAUGCAGUCAGGAAACAGAUGACACAAGUUUGCUGGGAGUGUACAAUCAAAAGAAUAUUUGCAAUUUAUUCAGAUAGAUGGAAAAUACAUGCAGCAUGUAGGUAGCCCACCCCCUCCUCAGCAACUACAAAAAUGGGUAGUUAAUCAUUAAGUACACAGUUUGGCAGAAGGUGUGGGAUCAUAGGCAGUUUGCUAGAGGUACAUGAGAGUAAAACAAAAGGGUUGAAUAGACUAAGACUAAAACAACCCAAAAGAAAGAACUUUCAGGAAAGGCAAGUAUAAGGAGUACAAGACCUUCAACAUGGUUUUUUGACCGUAUCAGCAUCCUUCCUUAAGUCUCAAGCUGUUCUACAGUGUCAGGCUUUCAGCCCCCAUUUUAUGACAAGUUUUGCUUAUUUUGGACCGAUAGUAGUUUGUGGUGUGUGUGCACAUGUUGUCAAGGGAGUGAACACAGGCACGCUGGGAGUGUAAAGUCAAAAGAGCAAUACAGUUUAUUCAGACAUAGAGGAAAGGUAUGAAGUGGGUAAGCAGCCCUGAAAGGUGUUAAAAGGGUCUUCAAAGAUUGGAUCUGUACGGGAUGCUGUUAUAGCCUAACAAUUAUGUACACCGUUUGUAGGAGGAAUGGGGCUGGGAAGUCAAUGUGCAAGUGUCACAUGAAAGUGGAUACAAAAGGGUUGCAUGGAUCAACACAUGGGGCCAAAAAAGAAGACGUUUCAGAACAGGCAAAUAUUAGCAUAUGUAUACAGGAAAAAGGAACAACAUGGUUUCCUGUUUAGAUCAGGAUUCCCUCUUAACAGUCAAAUCGUUCUCCUCCCUUUCAGCCUUUAUGUGGCGAUCUCGUGGUGAGAACUUUGGCUCCUUUAGUCCCGACAGAAUCCUUGAAGUCCCUUCCCACUCUGUCAUUCUACGAAUAUUGUUGUAGAGAAUCAGCUGCCUGAAGCGCCAGUGGAUGCACAGAGCCUGUUUGCUACGCGCUUCCAAACGUUCAAGGUCCAAAUAUUCAAGGACGGGCGGGGGGGGCUCCUUUCCCUCAGCCCCCCGCAAGUGUGUUGCCUUGAGUUGCCUCGGCGGCACGGGCCAAGCACGGAGAGGCCUCCGGGCCGCUUGAGGCGCUGUGAGGCAGAUUGGAGACCGCCAAGGGAGAGCAGGCAAGAGCAACAUCUCUACCAGAAAAAAAUUGUUCCAGCUCAGCAAUGGCUAAACCUCAAGUGGUUGCAGCUCCAGUGGCUCCAGCAAUGUCAAAGCUUUCAGUGACUGCUCCUGAAUUUUACCCAUCAGGUUAUACUCCUAAUCUUACUGAAUCAUCUUUGGAAGAUGGUUGUGAUGGAUACCCAAGUUUAACUGAAUAUGUUCAGGACUUUCUAAACCACCUUGCAGGACAGCCAGCUUGUUUUGAAACUGAAAUAGCACAUUUUUCAGAAAUUCUAAAUGGAUGUGUUACUACAGAUGAAGCAUUACAAGAACUUGUUGAACUCAUUUACCAACAGGCUACAUCUGUCCCAAAUUUUUCCUAUAUGGGUGCAAGGUUGUGCAAUUACCUUACUCAUCAUCUCACCAUAAAUCCACAGAGCGGCACUUUCAGACAAUUACUGCUGCACAGGUGUCGGAAAGAGUUUGAAAAUAGAGAUGAAGCUGCCAAGGGAGAUGAAGCUACAAGGAAAAGAUUUCAUGCAUUUGUGCUAUUUUUAGCUGAACUUUAUUUAAAUCUAGAGAUUAAAGGAACAAAAGGUCAACUAACCCGAGCAGAAAUUCUUCAGACUGGACUUCAUGAAUUAUUAAACACCCUUUUUUCUAAUCCUGUGGACAGCAAUUUAAUCUGUGCAGUAAAGCUACUGAAAUUGACAGGGUCAGUAUUAGAAGAUGCCUGGAAAGAAAAAGGAAAGACUUAUAUGGAUGACAUAAUACAGAAAAUAGAAAACGUUGUCUUGGAUGCAAAUUGCAGCAGAGAUGUAAAGCAUAUGCUUCUGAAACUAGUGGAACUGCGGUCAAGUAACUGGGGAAGAGUACAUAUAACCUCAACAUACAGGGAAGCAACUCCAGAAAAUGACCCUAACUAUUUCAUGAAUGAACCAACGUUUUACACAUCUGAUGGCGUGCCUUUCACAGCAGCUGAUCCAGAUUAUCAAGAGAAGUAUCAAGAGCUCCUUGAAAGACAAGAUUUGUUUCAUGAGUAUGAGGAAAAUGGAACAGACCUAUCAGGAGCCGGAGACCCGUAUUUUGAUGAUGAUGAAGAUGAGAUGGACCCAGAGAUUGAAGAAGCAUAUGAAAAAUUUUGCUUAGAAUCAGAACGCAAGAGGAAACAGUGAAAUGAUAAAUGGGAAUAUUAGAGGUUUUCUUUUUUAAAAAACCAGCAUAGGUAUAAAUAGCAGGUAGAAGAGAUAGGAAAUCCUUGUAAUGUCCAUACCAAACAAAUGAAAUUAAGUUUCUCCAAGUACUCAAGUUAUGCAAUUUCCAUUUUGUUAAACAGAAUCUGCCAAAAAAUGUAAACUUAAAUUCUGUAACUUAAACAAUGUGUAUAUAUCAUAGUUUAUUUUAUGUACAGUUAAAUAAACAAUGUUUUGGCUGGAAUAAAUUUUAUUUGAAACAUGUCAAGUUAACAUAUGAAUUUGAGGAUUGUUAUAUUAAAGUUAAACUUUUCCUGAAAGUUAAAUCCACUGAAACAUUAAUUACAUGUUGACUUGCUUUUGGAAUGGUUUUGUAUUGCCUUUCCUUUGUGAAGGAAAUAGGUAUAUUAUCCCAUAGUUUUAUGCUCAUGGAACUGCAAAAUAACCUUUUUAAAUGUUUUACAAUCAUGAAAAUGGUAAGCACCCAAGGAAAAUGCAAAAACUUGAAAAUAAGUUUUGUUUUCAGACAGUUAGCUAUUUGAUAGGCAUUUUAGUUCAUGGAACUUGUUUUCAACUAAGUGACUCAAUUCAGAUGUCAUGUUAGAAGUCUUCCCAGCCUUGUGUUUGAAGGCUCAGUAAUGGAACAUGCUUAUAUGGUCUUUUUCCUAGUCACACAUUCUGCCUUAGCCAUAAAUUUGCCAUAAUGCAUGAAGCAGCCAAAGUAUGAUUAAUGCUAAUCAGGAUUGCUUCCAAGCCAUGGAUAGCAACCUACUUCAGAAAAGAACGUGAAGGAAUCCAUAGUAACACAGCAUGUUUUUGAGCAGCCUUUCCAAACAUUAAGUCCUCAGAUGUUGUUGGCUUACAAAUCCUAUAGCUGUUGCCCAUUCGACAUUCUGGCUGUGGAUGUUGGGAGUUGAAGUCCAAGUUCAUCUGUGGACUGAAGGUUGGGAAAUGUUGUAUUAAAAGAUUCUAAGCAAGAUGUCUGAAUUGAGCAGUUAUGUUAAUUUUUCCAUAUUUCUGAAAAAUACAUGAAAUUCCUUUUAGUUCAAAGUUGCACAAUAAUGUGUGUAGCUUUGAAAUGCUGUACGAGGAACUCAGCAUUUCUGCCACUUUUCAGUUUGAUAAUUUAGGUACAAUACAAUAUACAAUCACUUGUAUAGAGUAAAAUAAUUUUUCUUGAGAAAAUAACAAAUUCUAAAUACUUCUGCUGGUUAAUGUAUCCUCCCUUUUAAUCAUUCAUUUUUGUCUCUAUAAAAUUUUGCCCAGGACACUUCCAAAUCUUUUUGUUCCUUAUUUUAUAUUGAAUAGAUUAAGUUGAGUCUAUUUCCUAACACAAAAUGUGUGUUUUGAAUAUUCCAAGAAGUAGAUACAAUAACUUAUAUAAAGACAGAGGUUGUAAAUAUGCAUGUAAAUAGAGCUGUUUAAUAUUGCACUGUUAUAACUUGGUCUAAGUUGUGUCUGUUAAUGUAGUUAGCAUCAACUACAUCUUCUGGUUGUUCAUUUGUUUAGCUUAUUAGUUAACACCCUAUUUUGGAAAAUAAAAUGCUUUGUUUUGUUGGGUAAA